AUGUCGAGUCCGAAGAAGCAACCCCAGGGCGCCAAGCCUCUGCUCGAACCGCACGCCGAACCUACUGUCGACGAUAUUGCCUAUCCUACUCUUGAUCAUGGUGCUGAAUUUGCGAGCGCGUCUCAUGCAACCGCCACCAGGGACGAGAUUUCCAGGCGCAACGCCAGCUCUCCUCUCCUUCGUUUCCCCGCCGAACUGCGCAAUCACAUCUUCGCUCUCGCCCUCAAUCACGGUUACAUACCGAUAACCUUCCCAGAGCACUCUCAUCGCUGGAAGAUCAAAGGAGAUGCACGCCGAGGCUUUGAAUAUCGCUAUCACUACAAGCAAAUCUGCGAUUUCUUCUACAUCCCCAUCAGCUUCUCGCCGAGAUCUUGCUCCUUCAAACUGGAACAGCAUCCGGUCCGCGAUUCCGGACGUCUCUACCACCUCAGGCGGCCCAUCAACCUGCUUUACGUGUGUCGCCAAAUCUACGCCGAGAGCACGCUAUCUCCAUACGAGCUCAGCAUUUUUGCGGUUGUUGAAAAUUUCAUCGUGUUCAAGGACUUCCUCAAACGCAGAACAUCAGCACAGAUCGGCACUCUGGCGAGAGUGCGGAGGGGACCGGACACGCCGGUAGGAGCGCAGCCCGCGACUGAAUGGUUGAAGGCAUUCUGGUAUUGA